AUGCAUCGCCAAGUGACAUCAUCCGCCACACUGCUCCGAUGGGCAAAGCCCUCGGCAGCUUCGCGCUCCCCCGCCAUGCGCUGCUUCUCAUCAUAUGGAAACGCACACCUGUCCUCCAAGCGUGAUAUGCAAACAGCAACUGCCUACCGACCACACACACUUCCUUCUUCCUUCCCGCCUCCUAGCCGCACUGGUGGCUUGGCCUCCAUCUCGGCCGACUUCCCCCUCCCCGGAGGAAGCCCUCAGACUUCACCCUCACAAGUGGGAGCGCCUCAAAACAACCUGCAUGGCGUUGAUGCUCAAACUUCUGCAUCCACUACCGGAACGACUACUACCAGCAAGACGGGAAAGCCUCGCCGACCAUUGCGAGCAAGAAAGGCAGCAAUGAAAUUAUCUGCAUUAGCCACUGAGCAACUGCGCAAACUUAUGGAUCAACCAGAGCCCAAGUUUAUCCGAGUUGGAGUGAAGAACCGCGGCUGCUCAGGUCUUGCAUACCAUCUUGAGUAUGUGGACAAGCCCGCCAAGUUCGACGAAGUUGUGGAACAGGAUGGCGUGAAGGUUUUGAUUGACAGCAAAGCGCUGUUCAGCAUUAUUGGUAGUGAGAUGGAUUGGCAUGAAGAUAAAUUGAGCAGACGCUUUAUUUUCCGCAACCCUAAUAUCAAGGAGGAAUGCGGCUGCGGUGAAUCCUUUAUGGUUUAA